CAGAAUAACGAAUUAAAGUUCUUUUUUUCUGUGCCAUUGUAAAAAAUAAAUGAAGCUAUAAAUUUUACACAUCUGCAAGAACCGCACUGAUUUAAUCACAGUAAUUCUUGAAAUAUCUCCUGUACGUAGUCUGCUUCCCCAGUAACAACCGACAACAGCACGAGGUCGAAACCAAUGUUUUGUCUGAACUGUUAAAGAUCCUCUGGUGAUCAGUCAAGUUUUUUCGAGACUCCCAUAGCUCGCUGAACCUCUCCUACCAUUGCAAUUGAAUCCACUAUGUAAUUUAGGAUGAUCUAUCAACGUAGUCAUAACACAGCGACCGCGAUCAUGCAAGGCUUCCAUCAGUGCGUCGAGACCUGCAGGACAGCGCCCUCUGGCAAGCAUGGAAGAUAAUAAGGUGCCCACGAAGGACGAACUCUCGUGCGACGUCUGCUUGCGCCAGUUCGACCGCAAAUCUCGUUUAGUGGCCCAUUACAAAACUCACACAGGAGAGCGUCCCUUCCGCUGCCCUUAUUGCUCCAAGUCAUUCGCCUCUAAGGGCAACUGUAACACACACGUACGCGUGCAUACCAGGGAAAGGCCCUACGUGUGCCAACAUUGCGGCAAGCAAUUUUCGCAACAUGGGCAAAUGGUGAUACACGUUCGGAGACACACAGGAGAAAAACCGUACGUAUGUUCGCACUGCAAAAAAGGCUUCGCUUGUUCCAAAGUGCUUAAAAUUCACGUGCGCACGCAUACCGGUGAGAAACCGUACGUGUGUGAUUUCUGUUCAAAGGGGUUCGCGGCGUAUGCAAACCUGGUGGUUCACCGCCGCAUUCACACUCGUGAAAGGCCGUACUCUUGCAAACUUUGCGGCCGAUCUUUCGAACAUUCAGGCAAUUUAAUAAGACAUGAAAGAGGCCAUCACGUUGAUGGGGGCAUAAGAUGCAUACCAUGUGGUCGGUUGUUCCAGGAAACUAAGGACUUGGUCAUUCACAUGAACGAUUCGCACCCGAAUGAAGUGUGCCAAGAGGACGUGGAAAAUCAGGGAGAGAGCGUUCCAUCAACGAUGUCAUCACAUCAUCAAUCAAGUCCGAUACGUUUAGAAAAUUCUCUUCACCAGGACCACAAGACUUCAUCACUUGAAGAUACUUUCAAGGAUGCCAACAACAACAGGAGCACUGCCGGUGUUAACUCAGCAAAUAAUAUCAAAGAAGAAUUUGGACAAGAGAGUCCAGACAGCGGUUGUGUCACUGUCAGCGAUGAAGAAGAGGGAGGCAAAUUCCACGACACGAAUCGAUAUCACAUGGAAGCCCGCAACACGUUAUACCGAAGAGAACUCGUCCAAAAACAGUUGUCCAUAAUUCCUUUAAAUUUGUCAAAAAACAAUUGUCCUAGUCUCAAACCAUAUAAUUCAACUGCAGCAACAGCAAAUAUCUUAAGUUCUCCCAGUGAAACUACAGUUAGUGAUUUCGAAAGGAAAAUACCUGGCCUAGCUCCGUUGAACAUGAAUAAGAAAAGUGCGUACAAUAAAGCUUCCAACAACAACAAUAACAAUAGAAUUUAUAUCUCUAGUCCCACGGCUUUAUUAAAUGAUGGAAGUAAUAGACAAUUGAAUGGUGCUUCUAUGAAAUCUCUACCCAACUUGUCACCGGUUAGUGAUGUAUCAACAUCGAUUUCUUUGUCAUUACGGGACGAUAUUCAUAGUUCGAACCCUUUAAUCAACGGAGCAAGUACAAGUCUAGCUACAGUACCUGAUCAGAUUGAGAUAACAACGAUUUCGAAGGCCUGUGAAAUUAUAAACGGUAAAACUCGAAACUCAAAAUCAAUAAUAGAAGCACCCAUGAACUUUCAGUAUUUUUCUUCGGUUAGCAGCAGCAUAUCUUCUGGAGGUCCGGGAUCUCAUCACUUCUUGCAUCCUCUGACGUCCACUUCUUCAGCACUACCCGUAUCUUUCUGCACCUCUGACAUGAGCCCAGUUCAUCCCGUCACCGAACGUAUUUUUCAGACGCACAAUUCUGAAGCAAAUGUGUCACCUAUGGACCUUUCUCUAGACUCAAAAGCAAAUGUGGCAAAUGAGUCCCUUAACUCAACUGGUAGACGGGGUGAAAAUUAUUGGGAGCUCGAGGGAAUUAGCGAGAAAAUAAAAACUCGUGCUUCAAAACGAAGAGAACUGGAAGAUGUGUGCAAUGAAAAAGAACUUAAACGAUGUAAGAAAGAUUCUCUGUCAUCCAGCCCGUCCCGUAGCCCAGGUCAAAAUGCUGCUCUGGAUCCAAAAGAUCAAUUUGCCAGACCAAUAAAACAAUCAUCCGAUUUAAUAGAAAGCAAAACACUAAUUUCCAGCAUCAAAGUUCCUGACGACGCUUGUAAAUUUCAGCAGAUAGAUAUUGCAGUUACAAAUAACACCGGUGACACUAUGAAUGGCAUCAAUAAUUUAGCAAGACCAGCAUACCAUCAUCAGACCAAGGACACACAAAUCAGACACCAACCCACUCCGGCAUCUUCUACGAGUGACACGUGGAUAACAAGAAAUGUGAAAAGCUUCAAAGAGGCUACGCAAGUUUCUCAAACUUCUCCAAAGGCGAUUGGAAACAUCAGGGAAAGUAUCCGGAAAUCCUUAUCCCAGAUUUGUCCAGUGCAGGAAGACAGGAAGAGCUUCAAACUCAACGUAGAAACUGCCCUCAUGGCGCUCGUCGGGAAGUCAACUAUUUCGCAUCUUGGGCACCCCAACCGCAAUGUUGAGCAGGUUCUAGUGAACCUGUUAGAUGUGGUGGGCAUGAGUCCAUGCGCGGACGUGCGCGUGGAUGAGGAUGAGCGUCUGCGCGUAAACAUGCGCAAGCUGCUGGAGUACGGCCUCCCUGAGCCCUCUGCAUGGCGCAGCCUCGGGUGGCACCAAGAGGCCAUCGAAGCCAUCACGGCGAAAAUAGCAUCGUGGAGCAUUACCAGUCAGUGGCGCCAAGCCCGGGACCUUUCGCAAUUCUCGCGGGAAACCGAAACAGAAUCAAAACUUGUUCAACCAAAUUCAUUGCAUAACAAUAAUUUGUCUGCAACUACGAACUCGGUGUGCUUACCCACGAGCACGCUUCAAACAAGCAACGCUCUCCGACUACAUUCAAACACUUUGCCGAGUGAAAAUAUUCCCUCGCAAUCAAACACAGUACCUCAACCACUAAAUUUUACACACGAGCGUCCAAAUCAUCUACGCAUUAAAUCAGAUUCUUUUCUCAUUCACAGAGAACCAUUCAUCAUUCAUUCCAACUCUUGCCUCACGCCUUCAGAUGCUGUUCAUGAUAAUCUGAGUGGUCGGCACGCGGAGAUAUGGAAAUCGGACUCAGACGAAGCACGCACAGCUCGCAGGAUGAGCGUGGUGAGCGACAGGCGAGAGACCAACAGAGUAACAGCAACGAGACUACUCGGUGAUGAUCAAACAGGCGAUGAAGAAAUAUACGAAGUGCAAUCGUCUGCCGUCUGAAGAUAACUUAAUUAAGAUUAGUUAAAAAUAUUUUUCAGAGGUUUCUUUCAUGAUCUUUGUGACUGCAGCGAAUAAGAACCUGUUCUCAAAGUGAUAUUUAUUUCUAGCAUUAUUAAAAGACAAUCAAUCAUGCAUGAUAAAUCAUGCAUAAUAAAUGCACUUUUGAAAAAGAUGCAAGCUUACGUGUGAUACGUUUACAUGGGCAUGGAGCACGAGAUUACUGGUAUUCAUGAAUUUUAAACCAUUCAUAAGAAAAAGAAUUAUAUAAAUGAGGUAGAAAGAGACUUUAUAUAAAACUGAAACCGAAUCACAAGCUAUCCAAUCUGACGGUGUCCGUAAUACUGUGUUAGAUCUAUAUUAUUUAUUAUAAAUUAUUAUAUUAUAAUUACUAGAUGACAAUACGUACAAAAGUUAUUCUAUGGUGAGCGUGGAUUUACAUAUAUCACAAGUUUUGAUGAUAUAAUUAUAUCCCGGAGUAGCCUUGAAAACACUUAUAACGCCGUAUUUAUAACUUCAUUAUAAAAAAUAUUCCACCAUUGAGGCACUUUUUUCCGUAAAGUGCUUGUGUGGUAAGUGGUUUUGCGGCCAUUACUGGCCGAAUUAUUCAUGAACCCAAGACUCUUAAACGGCUGUUGCGCGAGAGCAAGCAUGCAUGAAAACCUCAUUAAAAAUCAUCAAUGUUGGCCUAAUAAGAGCUAUUAAGUGGUCACUUUUCUCGCCCAUGUGAAUUAAAUUUGAUAAACGCACAUGUAAAAUAGAUGUGCAUCUUUUGUGCCUGUAAUCAACAUCCUCAGCUGUCAAGCAGACGGCAGUGCCAAAAUUCUAUUGAAGGACAUCGUAAUUAUGAGUAAAACUAAUGGUGUAAAUUAGCCUAUAACCUAUUGGGAAAUAUUUCACAGCUUUUACUUAAGACGAUGGAGAAAAAAAUAUAAGGGCGACCAAUGAUGCAAUGAGAACAUAAUAGUUAUGCCACUCCUGUAAACGGUUGUGUUAUUUUAGUGAACUUAUGAAAAAUUAUAAAUCUUCUGACUUCAUACAAUUCUCUAGCUCCGCUCUGCGCCCCGGUAGUGAAAUAAGCAUACAAGUGCAAGCCUGACCUGGGCAACGGAAGGCACAAUCGUAUAUUGAUUCAUGUGUCUACCCAAGAUUUAUUGUUUAAAAGUGUGUUAUUUAUUAAAGUUUAUUACAUUGUAGGAUCUGUGUGAAUUAUGGUGAAUUUGGAUAAAUUUAUAUGUUAUCAAUUCUCAAAGCAUUAACUGAAGAUUAUGAAAGCAAGUUAUUUUACUGAUAAGACAUGACCUCAAAAUAAAUAGGAGUUACUUUUCUACGCUCAUUGAUGUGAACUUUUUUUGCGUUUCAUUUUGUUUCUUGUUUCAGAUUCGGCAUGAAGUCAUCAGCCUUAUCGCUUAUUUUUUAAGUAUUGUUGCAAAUUAUUUUUACUAUACGUUAUUUAUUGUUAUUUUCCUAAAAUGUACAGAUUAUAAUUGUCUCUGGUGCGAAAGUAUGCAGCCUAUUAUAACAAUUGUUGCUGUGAGCUUUCAAUAUUCAUGCCAUUAUAUAAUAACUUAAAGGCAUCAAUAAAGUCACCAUAAGAAUUAUUGCUAUACAUUCACAAGAACAUCUGAAUAUACCGAGUUAACCGUAAUCCAGCAAUGGCCUGCUCUACUGAAAACCAUCAUCCAACACAAUUUAUUGCAGUUAACAUGGUAAAUAUUAAUUUUCAUUCUAAUCUUCUGAUGGGUAUUAAUAUAAUUUAUAUCGAGCAUUUCUAUUUAUA